CAAUAAUGAAAGAUCAAACACAGAAAACCCCAUUGCCAUCACUGUUUGAGCUCUCCAAAGAUCGAGAUCUGUCUUCUCCAAUGGUUCAUCUCUUGUUACAGAACAAAGUAAGCAGAAACCUAGACAAAGAUGAAUAAAACAAACUAUUUCUCGCUUUGAACUUAUGUAUAGUACAACUAGAGUGUCGGUUCUCUCUGUACAAACCUGGUGAAGAAGAAGAGGAAGAAGCAAUGGGAAGCUUCUUAUGGACGUCGACAGCUUUCGAUUUGAAGUCCGGUCAGCUUAUACUCGUGUUUCUUCUUAUAAUGAUCGCGUCUUUUUACACUGGAACUCUAUUCGGAAACAACUCUUCUAUCUACGUUUCUCAGAUUCCUUCCAAUUCAUCCUCGUUAUUAUCUGAUUCUCUGUCUCCAGGUAUUCCAACUUUUCCAAAUAGAGUUGCUGUUUCGUAUAGGAAAAUUCCACUUAGUAUUCCGAAAGCUGGAGUAGAUAUAUGUCCAUUAAAGUUCAAUGAAUAUAUCCCUUGUCAUGAUGCGUCUUAUGUGGAGAAAUUACUGCCUCGGCUCAAUCUUUCUAGGAGAGAAGAAUUGGAGAGACAUUGUCCUCCUUUGGAGAGCCGACUGUUUUGUUUGGUGCCUCCGCCUAAAGACUAUAAGAUACCGAUAAGAUGGCCGACUAGUAGGGACUAUGUUUGGAGAAGCAAUGUGAAUCACACUCACCUUGCUGAGGUAAAAGGAGGUCAAAAUUGGGUGCAUGAGAAGAAUCAACUUUGGUGGUUUCCUGGUGGUGGAACUCAUUUUAAGAAUGGGGCUUCUGAGUACAUUCAGAGGUUAGGAGAUAUGAUAACAAACGGGACUGGUACUCUGCAAUCUGCUGGUAUAUUGCAAGUUCUGGAUGUUGGAUGUGGUGUUGCCAGUUUCUCUGCUUAUCUUCUUCCUUUAAACAUACAAACAAUGUCAUUUGCUCCAAAAGAUGGCCAUGAAAAUCAGAUUCAGUUUGCGCUUGAGCGUGGAAUUAGUGCAAUGAUUUCUUCUUUAUCAACAAAACAACUUCCAUAUCCCAGUAAUUCUUUUGAAAUGGUUCACUGCUCAAGGUGUCGUGUUGAUUGGCAUGAGAAUGAUGGUAUUUUAAUCAAAGAAGUGCAUCGUGUCCUUCGUUUCAAUGGAUAUUUUGUGUAUUCUGCCCCACCUGCUUACAGAAAGGACAAAAAUUUUCCAGAAAUAUGGGACAAGUUAAUGAGUUUGACUAAUGGAAUGUGCUGGAAGCUCAUAUCUAAGAAGGUCCAGACAGCAAUCUGGAUUAAGCAAGAAAAUCCAUCUUGUCUCCAGCAGAAUGCAGAGCAAAAACUCAUAGAAAUCUGUGACUCUGCGGAUGAUUCUAAACCUUCAUGGGAUACACCACUUAGAAACUGUGUCAGAGUAGAAAAGGACAAAGCUUAUUCUCGGAAACUACCUCCUUGGCCGCAGCGUUUCUCAGAAUACCUAGAAAGCCUUAACAAUAUAGGUAUUAGUAGGGAAAAUUUCCUUACAAACACACUAUUUUGGCAAGACCAGGUUCGCCAGUAUUGGAGAUUGAUGAAUGUUGAUGAAAAAGAAAUACGAAAUGUCAUGGAUACAAACGCAUUUUAUGGUGGAUUUGCAGUCGCUCUGAGUACAUGGCCUGUUUGGGUGAUGAAUAUAGUUCCUGUAACAAUGAAUGAUACUAUGCCUGCAAUUUAUAACAGAGGUCUUAUAGGUGCCUAUCACAAUUGGUGUGAACCCUUCUCAACAUAUCCACGAACAUAUGAUCUGGUGCAUGCGAAUCGUUUAUUUUCUCACUACGAAAACUAUGCAGAAAAUUGCUCACUUGAGGAUAUUAUCCUAGAGAUGGACCGUAUUGUAAGACCACAGGGGUUUGUUAUCGUAAGGGAUACGGAUUCCAUAAUAUCAAGAAUAACGGAUCUUGCUCCGAAGUUUCUUUGGGACGUACAAUCACAACUUAUGGAGAACGAAGAAAGGGAAACAGAAUCGGUGUUGAUUUGCAGAAAGAAGUUUUGGGCAAUUGUUUAGUCUGUAUAUUAUUAUUAUACCAAAUCUGAGUCUGAGACGCGUGUACAUUGAUUUUCUUCUUCGGAUUAUCGACUAUUUUGGUAAGAGACCUAGAUGAGGAGGUUAAAUUGAAUUAUUAACUUAUAGAU